GGAACCGUGCUCACGCUAACUCGACCUUCCAGCUGUAGGCCUGACGGUAAACUCACUUAUGUGAGAGACAAAAUCACAACAGGAGUGCACUUCGUAUUUAUUUUAGCCCGAAUCAUGUUUCGUGCCACGAUAGCUAUAUGCGGGAGGACUGUUGUUAAAAGGUUAAUGUCAUCUGUUUCUGGAGAAAGCGUACUUCCAUCAAAUCUGCGAAUUCCAUCAAAUCUCAUCGGAGUUCCGCGAAAAAAGAGGGCAGCUCCAUCUGGCUCUGAUCUUCCAGUGCUGCGCAGAUGUGAGGCCGAUAUCCCAAAUCACCUAACAACCACUCAGACAUGGCUUCAAUCUUUGGGAAGUUGUGACAGUGAACCCCUUGGUGUGGUUGACCUACACCCUGACGUCUUCUCAGUACCUGUCAGACUGGACAUUCUCCAUGAUGUAGAGGUCUGGCAACGUAAUUUCAAGAGAAUAAGCCAUGCAAAGGUCAAGUCUCGAGCUGAAGUCAGUGGUGGAGGCAGGAAACCAUGGAACCAGAAAGGAAGUGGCCGGGCACGGCAUGGAAGCAUUCGUUCUCCACUAUGGAGGGGAGGGGGAGUAGCUCAUGGUCCACGGGGACCCACCAGUUAUUAUUACAUGUUACCCAUGAAGGUGCGGGCACAAGGUCUGAAAAUUGCACUGACUUCCAAACUGGCUCAGGAUUACCUCCAUAUUGUGGACUCGCUGGAAAUUCCCACUCCAGACCCUCAAUACCUCCAGGACCUGGUCAAACACAGACAGUGGGGGGACUCAGUCCUUAUUGUUGACAUUGGUGAUGAAUUCCCUCAGAACAUUCUUAAGGCCACUGAAGAUUUAAAAACUGUGAAUGUCAUUCCAGUAAUAGGUCUAAACGUCCACAGCAUGCUGAAACACGAGAGUCUGGUUCUUACUCUUGAUGCUGUAAAAUUUCUAGAAAAUAAACUUCUUUGGCAUGAUGUGCGAUACACUCCUUUAUAUCCCUUCAAACUCCCCUACAGUGACUUGCCAUGAACACAGCACACGGACCCAAUAAAUAAAUGUUUAUUUCAUAA